AUGCUGAACGUUUUUGAGCAGAAACAGCUAAAGUUGCUUCCGGUUCCUAAUUUUCCUUUGAAAAAUUACUUCGAUUUAGAAAUUAUCGUACUAGGAUAUAAAGCUCUAAGCCUGACAGAAAUAAAAGAUGUUCAGCACCACCGUUAUAAAUUUAGAUUAUCAAGUCAGAAUCCAGAAUCAGAUCAAAACUGCAGAUGCACUGGAAUUCAGCAAGGUGAGACUGCACUGAAAUCGGUUCCGACAGUCCUCUAUUCAUCUGGUUGCAUUCAUGGAACAAAAAAACUGGCCUGUUUAGUUAGCUCUAUAGAGGGAGCACAUCCAAAGGUUCCUCAUGAAAUCCUUAAAGAUAUAUUUUAUGCAAAAAUUUCAAUUGGCGAUCAGUCUGUAACAGAUCCUCCCUAUCAACAGAUUACCGUUUCUGGUCAAAAGCGUACAGCAAAACUUAGCUGCUGUACUUAUAAUCGAUCCUGCAAAGAUUGCAGACGUUGUAAAAGUGGAACCAUUGAGUAG